AUGUAUAUUUCUAAAUUUUUACUAUUAUCAUUAAUUUCAAUGAUUUCAAUUUCUUUAAUUAAUUCUCAUGGGUAUGCAAUUUAUCCAAUGGCUCGCCAACAAAAAUGUCCAAAAGGUAAUAUUUGGUGGCCAGAGGAUGGAUCUGGUAUUACUGAUGCUGCAUGUCGUUCAGCUUUUCAAUUUGUAAAAGCAAAAGGAAAUAAUCCACAAUAUCAAUUUAUUCAAUCAAAUGAAUUUUCAGUUUUAAUUCCAAAUUAUGCUCAAGGAGCAAGUGCUUUAAAAGCAGCAGUACCAAAUUCAUUAUGUUCAGCAUAUGCAACUACAUCAUCAAAUGAUAAAAGUGGAAUGUCAAUUGUUGCACCAUGGACACCAACAAUUAUUCCAACAACUGCAAAUGCUGUAAAUGUUAGUUUCACUUAUAAAUUCUGUGCAACUGCUUCUCAUAAUCCAAAUUUCUGGGAAUUCUAUGUUAGUAAACCAGGUUUCAACCCAACCACAACUCCAUUAACAUGGGAUCAUUUAACAUUAUUCCAAAGUUUCCCAAAUACUGCAAGUGUUUCAAUUAGUGAUCCAUCAUGUUCUUCAACAUCUGCUUAUAUUUUUAAUUUAAAUAUGCCAACUCGUUUCUCAAAUGCAAUUUUAUUAGUGCGUUGGCAAAGAGUUGACCCAGUUGGUGAGUGUUUUAUUAAUUGUAGUGAUUUUAAAUGUGUAGCAUAA